AUGAGAACAUCGGUGGCGGCGUUUCGUAGCUGCUGUGUUCCUGCUCUCUUCUCCACCGCCCCGCUGCUGUGGUCUGCUACCUCUCGACGCAACGCGUUCUCUUUUCCCGGGCCUUCUGCUACUCCACUCCGACGCCGGGGGCUUGUGCUGCCCUUCCGCCUCGCCUCCACCAUCCCUCCUCUGCCACCGCAGGCGAUGUCGAACAUUGGUUCUUCUUCUGACUCUGAGUCCGCCGCCGCCGCCGCUGCAUCACUGGAGAAGCAGUUCGUGGAAUUUCACGCCCGGCUCGAAGAGUCCGGGAGCGUCCGCGAGCGAAUCCGUGGAGUGGUGACGGAGAUGGAGACGGUCAUUCGGCUCAUGCAGUCCAGCAUCCUGCUCCUCCACCAGUCUCACCCCGUUCCAGGUUUGUUGGGAGGUGUGGGGUUGAGGGGUGGUGAAGAGAUUGACGUAGCUCGCCGUCUUUUCUUUUGCUGGCGGUGGUCAGGGUUUCUGCUGGUUUUAAGGGUUCUGAUUCUUCGCAUGUUUCCUUUCCUUUCUUUUUUCCUUUACGGGGGACAGAGGUUUUGGGGAAAGCAGGUAGUACGAUUGGAGUGCUGAAGGAGCUGUUUGGGCGGCUAGGCGGAAUACUCAGAGGAUGCCCCGGUCAGUAUUACAGGUAUGGAGGGGAAGAUGGUGGUGGCUGUUGACAAACUCUAUUGAAAUUUCAUUUGCAUUUACUCUCUAUCUCUCUCUCUCUCAUUCUCAUAUGUGUGAUGGAUAGGUACCAUGGUGAUUGGAGAAGCGAGGCACAGACUGUGGUAUCGCUGCUAGCUUUCCUGCACUGGGUCGAGACGGGGAACCUCCUCAUGCACAGAGAUGUCGAGGAGAAACUUGGAUGUGAGUCCUUUUUCUAUAGCGCAACCUCUGCAUGGUGUUUAUUUGGUUAUAUUUCCUCAACUCCCUAUAGUACCAUUGAUGUAUGGACUUGCUCAGAAAUGUACGGGCCAAAACUCUGUCCUUUUAGACCAGAAAAGUCAGCUCCAUCAGUUCAGUUUAGAUAGCUUGGCUUGUGAAGAUUAUAAAUGCAUGACAUUCAAAGUCUGUCAAUUAUGAACACAAUACAAGGAUCUUUUAUGUUUUUUCUUUUCUUUCUUUCUUUUGAGGAGAGGAGUUGUGAGCAGUUUCUUUUAGAACUACACAUGUAAGGUGAGAGCCCUGCGAGAACUCCUGCUUCCAUACUUGGCCAUCAACUGGCUUUGAAGAUAAUGGCAUACUGCUUAAUGUCUUCUUGGCCUUAGAAUUUCAAUGCAAAGAACAGUUGGCUAUGAAAAUAUUUGAAUUAAUGAAGCAUGCACGAUGCAUACAAGCUACCUUUGUUAUUUUAGCUCGGGUUAUUUUUAAGAUUAAUUUUUCCUUUUGUGUUCAUAGAAUGUAUUGCAUUUUUCUUCUUGUGAGUAUCCUCGUUAUCAUAUACCGUCUGGUUAACAUGCUUAGUCCUCCACAUUUGUAGAAGGAAAUUUAAUGGAUGGUUCGAUUUUAAAAUCUAAGAUGGGAUGGCCAUAAUUUACAAUUCUCCGAAUUUUCUGUUAAAAUGAUGCUUAUAAUUUUUUUAAUUCCAUCUCAUUUUUUAGUGGAUGUGUCAGAGUUUGGUCUGGAUAUCGAAGAUUAUCUGAUUGGUAAGUCAAAAUUCACUCAGUACUCAUAACUUUUUCAUUGUGAUAGUUCAGUUUAUACAUGUGGUAUCGGGGAAUGAACUGUAGCUAUUUCUAUAAAAGGUAACUUGCUGCUAUGGACUUUAUAGACUGAUGCAUGAACCUGUUAGGGUAGAUGAACAUUGACGUAUGGAAUUUUUGUUUCCUGGUGUAUUUGUUCUACAUAAUAAAGGUUCUCAUUUCGUUUUUGAUCCAUUGAUAGAUAAUUUGAAACAGAAUCAGAUGACCUUCUUAUUGCUCUCGUGGAAGUUUCUCUCGUUUGUUUUCUGUGUUUUUUAUGGAUUGUAAGAACGCCACAGUUGGCUAAUCUGGAUUUUGCUUUUGCUUUCGCUCUUGCAGGAUUGUGUUUCAUGUCAAAUGAAUUGGUAAGAUAUUCUUUCUCUUUCUGCAAUAAAAAAAUAAAUUAUUCCAUCAUGUAUCAUAACUCUGUGGACGCUACAAUCCCCCUGACUCCUCGUUUUCAAACAGUCUCACUCAAUUCACAUGACAGGAUUUUUGCGAAUGAUCUCCAUUGUUUUGAAACUCCUGUGAAUUAUAUUUUGUAACAGAAAUAAAACUUAAAGAAGGAAAAACGGAUAAAGAGAAACGGAGUUUGAUGAAGGCAUUUUGUAUUCCUCGUCCUUUAUCAAUUCCCUUAUUAUUAUUUGGCAAUACUGUAUUACAGUACUGUACUUCGACUAAUGGCUUACAAAGAGGAAUAUCAAGGCCUGACGUUCUCUAAUCCUAUCCCAGCCUAGGUAUACUGUGAACCGUGUCACAGCUGGAGAUUACGAUUGCCCGAGAAAAGUUCUAAAGUUCUUAACUGAGCUCCAUACAUCCUUCCGGAUGCUCAACCUCAGAAAUGACUUCCUGCGAAAGAAGUUUGACAGUAAGCUCUCUGUUCCAUUUGUUCCCCCUGCUCCGACCUUAUUGUUUGCUUGGGUUUUUCUUAUUUCCCUAAAUCUUAGAUAAGAUGAGUGGAGUUGCACUCACCAUCCUAGCCAUCCCGGGAGCUUUCUAGGCAUAACCCCCCUCUUUGCAUUUGCUCUAUAGGCAUCAAGUAUGACUUAAGGAGGGUUGAAGAAGUUUUUUACGAUGUCAAGAUCCGAGGCCUGACUUCUGAAACGUCAGCAGCCGGGUGA